AUGGUUGUUGAGGAUUCUGAUAAAGCAAAUUCAAAACCAAAAUCAAAGCCUAUUAUUAUGGAACAGAAAAUGCCCAUUGAUGUAAAGGAGGAUAAAAAACCAUUGAGUUUUAGAUUGAAGAUGAAAUGUAACCACCAUAACAAAGAAACCCCUGUUGAUGCUGUUGUUGACUUAUCUUCUGAAGAAUCUGAUGAUGAUGAUAUCCCUUUGUCAGAAAGGUUAAUCCAGAAUUCUCAUUUGGGAACUUCUAACAGAAACUGUGAUGACUCUGUUAAGAAGGGUUCUAUAACAAUGCCAGUUAAGAGACCAUUAGACAACAACAGCAUUUCCUUGAACAUUUCGGUUAAGAAGUCAAAGACAACAACAUAUGAUCAUGAUAUUCCUGUUUCCCAGAGAUUGAAGAAGUUAGCCAUAUCUGCUGAUAAAUCAUCUUCCGUAAAGAAAAAAUUCAAAGAGAGAGAACUUGCAUUGGUUGAAAAAUCCAUUGAGGAUUGCAAAAUGAAGAGAAUAGUUGAAGAGAAGAGAUUGCGCAAACUAGAGAGAGAUAUUGAAGAACGCAACAGAGAGUUGGAAGCGAAGGGAGAGCAACUCAAGUCGUUACAGAAGCUGAUUAGUGAAAGCGAGAGGCAGCUGAGGUUAAAGGAGGAAAAAUGUGAAAUGGUGCAGAAGGCAAUCAGUGAACAUGAUGAAGGAAGAGUGAAGGAGCUUGAGUCAAAGGAAAAGCACUUUGAAAGAAGAGUGAAGGAGCUUAAGUCAAAAGAGAAGCAACUUGAAGGCCAAGUAAAGGAACUUAAGUCAAAAGAGAAGCAACUUGAAGGCCAAGUAAAGGAGCUCGAGUCCAAAGAGAGGAAGCUUGAAGGCCAAGUGAAGUAUCUCAAAUCAGAAAAGGAUGAAAUUGAAGGCCAAUUGAAGGAGCUUGAAUUGGAAAAGAAGCAUUUUGAAAUACAAACGAAGGAACUUGAAGAGCAAGUGAAGGAGCUCGAGUCAAAACAGAAGCAGUUUGAAGGACAACCGGAGGAGCUUGAGUUAAACGAAAACCAAUAUGAAUCAUUGAUAAAAUCAUUUGAAGAGGGAAAAGAUUCAGAUGAACUAGAGGCGCUUGACAAUGACAUUAUAGUUAAUCUCCAAGCAUCAUCUGAUCCAGCAAAACUCGUUUUGGAUAUAAUUCAGAACCCCAUUGUUCCACUGUGUAGAGAGGGAGAUAAUGCUAUAACUAUUGAUGGCAGCCACAUCUUUUUGCUGGAACAAUUAAUGAGAAUCUCACCUCAUGUUAAACCUCAAAUAAGAUUAGAAGCAAUGAAGCUAGCUCUUGAUUUGAAAGCUAACAUGAAAGCAAGUAUUGAAAAUUCUUCGAUGGUUCUGGGUUUUCUACUGCUGCUAUCAAUUUAUGGAUUAGUUUCUUUAUUUGAUGAAGACGAAGUUUUAAGGCUUUUUGAAUUUGCAGCUCACCACAAACAAGCCGUAGAGCUGUUUCGCACCCUGGGUUUUGCAGAUAAAAUCUCUGAUUUUGUUCAGACUCUAAUCAAGAAGAAGCGGUAUAUUGAAGCUUGUAGAUUCAUUUGUACAUAUAAGUCGCGUGACAAGAAUCAUCCCAUUGAUCUCUUGCGAGAAUAUGUGCAGAAUGCAAAAAACAAGUCCACUGAAAUCAAGGAUAAGGCCAGAGAUCAAGAAACUGCUAGUCUGGGAACUGUUCUACAAUACAUUUCAGACAACAACCUACGAUGUGGUGAUCCACUUAAUGAGAUUCAAGAUCGCAUUCUUGAGUUACAAAGUCAGAAGGCAAAUAGCAUUUGUACUGGCACCAGCGCCUUAUCUCCAAAAGUCAUUCCAAGCAGAGUGUUCCAUGUCCUUCAUAGAGAUUCGAUUCCACCUGCUGUCCCUUCAAACGGCACCGAUGGAAACAAUCCACCAGCCAGCCCUGGUAAUGACCAUUCAAGUCUAGAAUCUAACAUCCUCAACCGCAAGAAUCAUGAAGAAGUGAGAAUCCGAGCACCUAUUAGAAGAUAUGUUGUCAACAACAUUGCAAGCAAUAUAUCAUUCCUCAAGAGAAGAAUUGAUAUGCCUCCAGCAUAUAUAUGA